AAAACAACAAAUUCAAAUUGGGAUGAUUAGUAGCGACCAAAGGAGCAAUAGCUAUUUUGAAUAAAAUCUCGAGAAGUAACAAUGCGGUGUGGCAAUCUGUAACAACUCGGACGCCAUGGCUUCUACUUCUGAAAUUGGUGCAUCAAUUAUCGAGGCUGGUGCAUCAAUUAUCGAGGCUGGUGCUAGUGGAAACCUUAGCCAGCUUAAGGCAAUUAGGAAAAAGGUUGGUGAUGAGUGGGAAUUCCGCAAAAUAUGCGAUCAAUAUAGUGACUUCUCCACUGGCUGGAGCGUCUUGCAUCACGCGGUUGAAAUCGGACAUUUUGAGAUGUGCAAAUUCUUGAUCAAGAACGUCCAAGUUUCUGUUGAUCCCUUCACUUACAAGAUGGAUACUCCAAUAGCACAAGCUUCCAAAGGGGAACAUGUCCAAAUUGUGGAGUUUCUCAUCGAACAUGGUGCUAAAAUUAGUUUUCCAAAUGUUGAGGGAUUCACUGCCUUGCACUAUGCACUUCUAAAAGGUAAUAUGGAGCUUGUGGAAUUGUUGCUGAGCAACCGUGCUUUUGUAGACGCACAGUGUGUAGAUGGAACGCCUUUACAAAUUGCUGUUUCUCGUGGAAAUGUUGAAGCUGUCAAGUCUCUCUUGUCUCAUGGUGCAAAUCCAGAUUUGUUUUAUGCAGUUGCGGACUCCCCACUUGUAAUCGCAGUCAAGUCUCGCUCAUUUGAAUGCCUGAAAUUGCUGCUUGGGGCUAAUGCACACACGAAUAUGUAUUUCCAGGGGUUAAGUCCUUUGUCAGCUGCAGCAAGAGAUCGCGACACAAAAUUUCUUAAGUCUUUGCUUGCAGCUAAAGCAGAUCCAAAUUUAUUUGAAGGAGAUAUCGUUAAACCUAUUGAGGAGGCUGCUAUGGUGCGUAACCGUGCAGCUAUGGAGAUUUUGUUUCCAGUGACUAAACGGCUUGCACAUUAUCCAGAUUGGACUAUCGAUGGCAUAAUCAAGUGCAUUCAUUCUGAAGAAUUUAAAGCAAUGGGUGCGGAGAAAAUGCGAAACGUCGUGACUAAACUAGACAUCAAAGGGAUGUAUUUCGCGUACGAUAAGGAUUUUAAAUCUGCAGUCAUACAAUAUAGAAAGGCUACUAAUCUUCGUCCAGAUAACACGACAUUGAUAUCAAAGCUAAGCAUGUGCGAAGCACGCCUGGGUCUACGGAUCUAUGCUCUGUUAGCUGCUCGAAAAUGCAUUGGACUCAUGCCAGAACAGCCUGUCCUCGUCCGAGGAGAAAUUGAUGAUGCAGCUAAUGUGAUAAUCAAGAAAUUCCUCAUGGCAGCCCUUGCCUUCUCCUUGGAUCCUUACAACAAGGAUGCUGGUCAUUCAUUUAGAGUUGCUUUGUUUGAUUACUUUGUUUGGUUGACUCAGAUGAGCAGUCCAGAUGAGAUUUUGAGUUUGAGCUGAUGUUUUAAUAGAGAGAGAAUAUUGGAUUGGAUCCUAUUACCAUUUUCAUCUCAAUUUUCAAUGAAAUCAUAUCAAUUCAUGUGA